AUGUCUGACAUAAACGGAAUGGAAAUUCCAUCCAGAAAGGAUGAAAUUAGACAAGUCACUCCAAAGGAUCCAGUGCAAGAAAUGGAGGAUAAGAGCAUCUACCACGCAAAGAUAAAAAAAUCCGAUUCCGGGACCGGCCUGGGUGGCAUACCGUUGCAUUCAAGGUCUUCUAGUAAUUCCAGCAUAACAUCUACAGGCCAAAGCAGUAGGCGAGUGACCAAGAAAACAACGAAGAAAAAGAAAAAGAACGCUUGCUAUUUUGAUAAGUGUUCAAGUGCAGCAUCAAAAUUCAUUGGUGACUGUAAUUUUUGCAAAGGCCAUUUUUGUUCGAAACACAGAUUAAUGGAAAACCACGCUUGUGACGGCUUAACAAGCUGCAAGGAACAACUACAUCAAAGAAACGCUGACAAGCUAGAGGCAGAACAAACCAAAGCUCCAAAGAUACAAAUUUAA